AGUCCGGCGGGUCCUGGAAGUUAUAUCUUAUUAAAAGUCUUCGUAUUAUCUCUCGAUCAGUGUCUCCCAAUGCUAAAUUAUGUUCCACUUAUCUAAUUAUAAUUUAUUUAGGAAAAGUUUUAGAAAUGAUUUUCUAGAAAGCAAAUAAUGUCUGUUUUUUUUUGGCAACCUGGCAGGACCUGAAAGCCACUUCUUCCGCCCCGGCCUGGUCUCUGCUAGGAUCUGUUGCCAUCAUGUCGGCUGCGAUUGCAGCUCUGGCUGCUUCCUAUGGUUCGGGUUCAGGAUCCGAAUCGGGCUCGGACAGUGAGGGCGAACGAUGCCCGCUGCCAGCCGCCGACUCCCUGAUGCACUUGACCAAAUCGCCCUCGGCCAAGUCUUCCCUGGCGGUGGCGGUGGACGCGGCUCCCGAGGUGGCAGUUAAGGAGGACUUGGAGACUGGAGUUCACCUUGACCCUGCUGUCAAAGAAGUUCAGUAUAACCCAACCUAUGAGACCAUGUUUGCUCCUGAGUUUGGACCAGAAAAUCCCUUUAGAACCCAGCAAAUGGCUGCCCCUAGGAAUAUGCUCUCUGGAUAUGCUGAGCCAGCUCAUAUCAAUGAUUUUAUGUUUGAACAGCAAAGAAGAACUUUCGCCACAUAUGGUUAUGCAUUAGACCCAUCAUUAGAUAAUCAUCAAGUUACUACUAAAUAUAUUGGUUCUGUAGAGGAAGCUGAAAAAAAUCAAGGUUUAACUGUUUUUGAAACUGGUCAGAAGAAAAUAGAAAAGAGAAAAAAGUUCAAAGAAAAUGAUGCGUCUAAUAUUGAUGGUUUCUUGGGACCUUGGGCAAAAUAUGUGGAUGAGAAAGAUGUUGCCAAACCUUCAGAAGAAGAACAAAAAGAAUUGGAUGAAAUCACAGCAAAGAGGCAGAAAAAAGGCAAACAAGAGGAUGAGAAACCUGGAGAGGAAAAGACAAUCUUGCAUGUUAAAGAAAUGUAUGACUAUCAGGGGAGGUCCUAUCUUCACAUACCUCAGGAUGUUGGUGUCAAUCUACGAUCAACUAUCCCACCUGAGAAGUGUUACCUUCCCAAAAAGCAAAUUCAUGUGUGGUCUGGACACACAAAGGGUGUCAGUGCAGUCAGAUUAUUUCCUCUCUCUGGCCACUUACUGCUGUCCUGUUCCAUGGAUUGUAAAAUCAAGCUGUGGGAGGUUUAUGGAGACAGACGGUGUCUGCGAACAUUUAUUGGUCACAGUAAAGCUGUCAGGGACAUUUGCUUUAAUACUGCAGGAACUCAGUUCCUCAGUGCAGCUUAUGACAGAUACCUUAAACUCUGGGACACCGAGACAGGACAAUGUAUAUCAAGAUUUACAAACCGAAAAGUACCAUACUGUGUCAAAUUUAAUCCUGAUGAAGAUAAACAAAAUCUCUUUGUGGCUGGGAUGUCUGAUAAAAAGAUUGUGCAAUGGGACAUUCGAAGUGGAGAAAUUGUACAGGAAUAUGAUCGGCAUUUGGGAGCUGUCAACACCAUUGUUUUUGUUGAUGAGAAUAGGAGAUUCGUGAGCACAUCUGAUGAUAAGAGCUUAAGAGUUUGGGAAUGGGACAUCCCUGUGGAUUUUAAGUAUAUAGCAGAACCCAGUAUGCACUCUAUGCCUGCAGUGACUUUAUCUCCAAACGGGAAAUGGCUAGCAUGCCAAUCAAUGGAUAACCAAAUCUUAAUUUUUGGAGCACAGAACAGAUUUAGAUUAAAUAAGAAAAAAAUAUUUAAGGGCCACAUGGUUGCAGGUUAUGCCUGUCAAGUGGACUUUUCCCCAGACAUGAGCUAUGUAAUUUCAGGAGAUGGGAAUGGAAAAUUAAACAUCUGGGACUGGAAGACCACAAAACUCUACAGUCGGUUUAAAGCUCAUGAUAAAGUGUGUAUAGGUGCUGUGUGGCACCCUCAUGAAACAUCUAAAGUUAUAACAUGUGGCUGGGAUGGUCUUAUUAAAUUGUGGGAUUAACAGGGUUAAUCCUCACUAUCUAGGAUCAUUUUUGAUCCAACAAAAUAUUUAUAUUUAAUUUGUAUAUGUGUUGGAUGACAACUUGAUUUACAGAUUAUGAUUUCCUUACAUGGCCAUGUGAAGUUGAAUUGUUGUUUUAAGAAACAGAAAAACUUUGUAAAUUUGGUUCAUAAUUUCAUUGUUCACGACAUUUUGUUCUUUGUAAUGUUAUUUAUAACAGGGAUAACCUUAACUUUGUAUUUGAUAAGUAGUUUUAGUUUGGCAAUUUGGAUUUAUCCGUUUGAUAGACUAUAAGAAUCUUUUUGGAGUCAAAAAAGAGUCUUUGGGAGCUGGAGCCAUAGCACGGCGGGUAGGGUGUUUGCCUUGCACGUGGCCAACCCGGGUUUGAUUCCCAGCAUCCCAUAUGAUCCCCUGAGCACCGCCAGGGGUAUUUCCUGAAUGCAGAGCCAGGAGUAACCCCUGAGCAUCGCUGGGUGUGAAAAAAAAAAGCAAAAAAAAAAAACAAAAACAGAAUUUUUGGUGGAUAUGGCAUUGCAAGGGAGGUGACAAAUCAGAACGUUACCAUAUUCCUGCCUCUUUAGCAAUAAGGGCAUUAAGGAGCAAGAGUGUUCUAAUUUACUAUUAAUUUGAAAGAAGGAGUAAACCAGCCACAAUCACUCUCUAGUGGAUCAAGUUUUAACUUGGACUCCACUAUUUCUAACGCCCUGUUGUAUAUUUUUAAUUGAGGCAGGAGUUUUCCUCACAGUUUUGAUUUUGAUUGCAGCAUUCCUCUAGUUAUUAAACAGUGUAAAAUACAAAUCAGAGUUCUUUCCUUGAUUCUUUUUCUUGAUCAGUGUAGACAGUUUAUGUAUAUGUAUAUAUGUUUAAGCAGAGAUUUACAAUAUUUUUGAAGCUGGAACUCCAGAUUGAGCCAAAAGUUUGAAUAUAUUUGUAUUUACUGUCAGUAAGGACCUGGCUACAUGUUAAGAUAUUAUCUUCUCCUAGGUCAUUGCUUUGCAGAUAUUACUACUGAAAUACUCCUCAUAGGAGAUAGAGUAUGAGGGCAGAGUCCAAAGCAUCAUCUUGUCAUUUCUUUUAAGUUGUCUGUUUCAUUGGAGAAUUAUUCUAUUUGGCUUGUAAAUAUAGUCCACAGAUAUUUUUUUUAAUUAGAAAAAUACUUCGCUUCUUUCCAGAUCUUGAGUAAAAUGACAGUCUAGAAAGUGAGAGGCAAAGAUUUCCCCAGUUAAGCAGUUUGGAAAGAAAAAAGUUUUCAAAUGUCUGAUUAUGAAAACCAACUAGUGUCUUAAACAGGUAGACAAGAAACCUGAGUUUGACAAGCCAUAUCUCUUUUUUCAUUACAAAUCUAUAUCUUAUGUUUGGGUGUGGGUUAAUAUAUUUUGGUACCACACUGGAAAAAGACAGUUGCAUAGCUACUCAGCACUUCUGACUUGGGGGCCAAGAUCAUGUUGAGUGUUAACACCCAGAGGACAUUAGCUCUGAGGCCUAUACAAAUUUUAGCAGUUCAGGAGAACUUCCUUCAGGGAAAAAUUUUUUUUUUUUUAUCUUCAAAAAGGCCUUUUCCAGAAGUGCAGGCUCUAUAGCCCCUCCCCCCCAAUUUUUUUUUAAUGUGGUAGAGAUGGAUCGUCGGACACAAAGGUUUUCAUCGAGCUAGAAGUAUACUACCUAGCUGCUGUCAUUUCUCUCUGCUGCAAAAGUGUGACUGCCAUUUCCGGAGGAAGGAAGAUUCCAGUAAAACUGUUCUUUCAUCCCAAAUACUGGUCAUAACAAAUGUGAAUUACCGAAAUGUGAUUGGACAAGAAGAAUUAAUCAUCCAUUGGAAUGAUCUUGUUCAGCAUCGGUAUUGUGUAGAUUAUAAAUCAUAGUUCCUUAAGUUGGGUUCAGUCUUGGUCAACAUCAGUAUUGUGUAUAUUAUAAAUCAUAAUUUCUUAAGUUGGGUUUAUUUCAUCAUGUUUUGAAUGUUUCUAAACUAAGUCACUGUAUAUAAAAGUCAUCUUUUUUUUAAAGAUCAUAUUUUUAAAUAAAGCAUUUUUUGUAGAAAGUGUUACCAGAA